GUGACCAGCACAGUUCCUGCGUAGAUUUCUCCUUGCACAAUGGUUGCUGUUCUGAGAGGUGCUGCCUCUCUGGGGCUGAAGAAGCUGCGUGUUGGGAUGAUUCCUGCAGAUGGCGUCGGUCGUGAGGUCCUCCCGGCAGCCCAACGCAUUCUCGAGGCACUUGGGCCGUCUAUUCCGAAGCCCGAGUUCACCCACCUCGACGCUGGAUGGGAAUAUUUUACUCGUCACGGGGUGGCUCUGCCAGAGGAGACAGCUGAUGCUCUGCAAAAUGACUGUGACUGUGCUCUAUUCGGUGCUGUCGGCUCUCCUACCCAUCGCGUCACUGGCUAUUCCUCGCCAAUUGUCGCCCUCCGGAAGAAACUCAGCUUGUACGCCAACGUUCGCCCCGUGCACUCGAUUGAAGGCUUGGACCCCCGACCAGUAGACAUGGUUAUUGUGAGGGAAAAUACUGAGUGUUUAUAUAUUAAACAAGAAACUUCCUCUCAUUCUGAAGAAAAUGGGCGUGAAGCCCGAGCAACCCGGCUCAUCACUGAGCGUGCCUCCAAGCAGAUUGGGCGUAUGGCGUUCCGGAUCGCGCUUUCACGGGCCAAACCUGAUCACCCAGCGAGCCUGACGAUCGUGCACAAGAGCAACGUGCUCCAGCUCACGGAUGGAUUGUUCAGAGAGUGUGUAAGAUCAGUUAUGAAGGAAAACGAGGAGUGGAGUGAUGGAAGCAAGAUCGCUGUUGGAGAGCAAAUUGUGGACAGUAUGGUGUAUCGCAUGUUUAGGGAGCCAGAGGCGUUUGACGUUGUCGUCGCACCCAACUUAUAUGGCGACAUUCUUUCUGACGCUGCCGCAGCCCUCGUGGGCUCCCUCGGCUUGGUGCCCUCAGUAAACGCCGGCGACACCUUUGUUAUGGGCGAACCCGUACACGGCACCGCUCCAGACAUCGCCGGCCUCGGAAUCGUGAAUCCCAUCGCAGCUAUUCGUAGCGCGGGACUGAUGUUGCACCAUCUGGGCUACAUCGAGCCCGCACAAAAAGUAGAAGAUGCGGUUGUCAGCGUGCUGAAGGAAGGGGUGAGAACGCGCGAUUUGGGUGGAAAUGCAAGCACCGAAGAGGUCGUCGCCGCAAUCGAGAAGAGGCUGUAAGCCACAAAAAGAAUUGAUCUAGUUCUGACCCAUCUGUGGCACGAGUGGAGCUCGGAAUUCUCGGUUACGGGUGCCACAUGCUUUCCUGCGUUCUGAGCGGC